CAUUGAACGGCUUUGUUUGUGAAGCUCUCAAUUACUAUCAUCUUCACCAGCAUUGUUUCUUUUGACUCCUCCCUAUACAUACCGCAAAAUCCCUCUUCAAGAAAUGAAGCUUUUCAGCCUUUUCCUUGUUGCCGUCCUCCUUCUACAGGUUUUCACAGAGGCAUUGUCCGUCAGUCACACCACCACUCCUCAGACUCAUCAGGUGGACGGUCGGUCUAAACCUCCAAAAAUUAAUUGCAGCUAUGCAUGCUCGAGAAGAUGUAGCAAGGCAUCAAGAAAGAAUGUUUGCACCAGAACGUGCAAGGCCUGCUGUGCAAGGUGCAACUGUGUUCCACCAGGAACUUAUGGAAACAAGGAACUUUGUCCCUGCUAUGCCAGAUUGAAGACCCGAGGGAACAAGCCCAAGUGCCCUUGAGCCUUGAAUGCUCCCUUUCUGUAUAAUCAUUAGUAAUAAUAAUCAUUGCUUUUCCUGUGUGUGGAAGUAUCAAAGAAUAGCCCCAAAAAAAAAAAAGUAUCAAAGAAUAAAUUGAGAUGAGUGACUGCAUUUUCUUGGCGCUUGGUGGUCAGGGUAACUGUUGAGUAUUGCUUAUUAGAUUUUGACGAUAUAGAACAUGCCCAUAGAAAAAAAAAUUCCAGUGAGAGGUCUCUGUUGUUGUCCAUGAAUGUUUUAUGUAAAUUAGCAAAACUUCCUAUCCUUUAGCUCAGAUAACUCAAAUAAAACUUUAAAGUUAAGGGACCAUAUCGGUUAUCUAA